AUGUCUGUUAAGACAAGUGCAGAUAUGACAGAAAAUGAGCUUUGGACUCAAUUCAUCUGCAAAGUCAUGGUGCUGGACACAGAUGUAAGAUAUCUCUGCUGCAAAAAUGCUAAAUCCGAUGUGCCUGUUUAUGACACAAAGACAAGUGAUUAUUUCAGUUUUGAAAGUGAAACUUGUUUCAGUAUUCCUAAUGAAGAGUCACAUAUCCACCCCAUGGAUAUUCACAUGGCUGUUUUUCACUGUGCAAACGAUUAUGCUCGGCAGCGUAUUUUUGCACAGCUCACUUCAUGCCAGUUUGCAGUGCCUCUCCUGGUGCCAGAUCCCUCCACUCAAGAAAUUGAAGUUCCACUGUGGGCACUUCAACAGAUUAAAAAAACGUGGCAAUCCAAGAGUCUCUCCACACAGACAGGGGGAAAUGUGUUGCACGACAGUAAAUAUAUAAUCAAUGUUCCAGUUCCAGUUGUCUCUUUCAUUAGACUGGGAACAUCUUCAAAUUCAAAAUCUCAGAUCAUGAAUUGCAUCAUCAACAGAAAGAAGCACCCAACAUUUUUCAGCCGUCAUUGCAGUGGAAGCACAAACAGUAGACUGCUGCUUGAUGGGGUUGCGGAAAUUUCCUGGUAUUGCCCUGGGGGGAAGGAGAAUGACAUUUUUGAAAAUUGUAUCGCAUUCAUUAAUCUCCAUGGGGAUGCUGUUCACUUUCCAAAACAGCUGGAGUUUCUUUGCAGAGCCAGUACAGUCAUUGUUCUCCUGCUCUCUGAACAUCCACUAGAACCUGAGGCAAAGAAGACAGCAGAAAGUUUAUUGCAGGCCCCUCCUCGACUGGUCACAUUGUUCUCAGGAGCAGAGAAAACUGCCAGGAGAGAGCACUUCAGAGUCGCUGCUAAAGACAGAAAUGAGGCUGAACUGACAGAGGAAAUCAUCUCUAGUCUGAGACAUUGUCUGUCACAUCAUAAGAAGAUGCAGAGUUUGGAGAAUCACAUCGCUAAAGCAAUAGAGCAAGGACUACUUAAAGACACAAAGGAUGAGCUAUUGCAUGAGGGUCAGAAGAAAGCAAAGGACCUCAUAAAGACUUUGAAUUGUGAAGAAAGCAACGGACUAGAAAAGAAAAAAGGUCUUGUAAGCUUGAAGGAGAAGUAUCUACCUUUGCAGGGUGAACUGUGGAGCGAAUGGUGUAUAAAAGAUAGGCAACUUUACCGUCCUCAGAACAAAACAGACAUGACUUUGGAACAGCAAAGGGAAGAAAUGCUGGAUGCCAAAAAAAUGCUUUGCCAACAACAACGGGAAAAAGCUCUAUCCCCAAAUACAUUCUUGGAUCAUUUUUUAAAGUGCUCUGUUUUUGCAGAGGAGCCACAGCGUUUGUAUAUGUUGCUUGAUCUUGAAAAGCAUCUUGAUGAACUUUUUAGAGAUGUUGUUGCUGAUCUGAAAAAGCAAUACCACUUAAAAUGGGCCACAAGCAGACAAAGUAUAAAAGGCAAAGAGGACAGAGAAGUUGAGCCCACUGACUCCCUAUCUGAGAUAGGUAAGAAAAUUAAAUCUGCCACAUUUGGACUUCAGCAUAUAAUACGCGAAGUUGCACAGAUUUAUGAAGCUUUUAAAAGUGUUGGACAAAUUGAGGAUUGUUACAAAAUGGAUAUAAACAAACUCCCUACAAUAGCGGCUGAGAUCCUGUUGUCUGGGUACCCGUUGGAACUGAUGGAUGGCGAUGUCAAUCAUGUACCCCUAGAUUGGAUUAGUGCUGUUCUCAAGGAGCUCCUGAACAAACUUGGGGACAGACAAAUAUUUGUCCUCUCUGUUCUUGGAGCCCAGAGCUCUGGGAAAUCCACACUUCUCAAUGCAAUGUUUGGUCUGCAGUUUCCUGUAAGUGCUGGACAGUGUACACGGGGGGCGUUCAUGCAAUUACUCUCUGUAGGAGAAAACAUGAGAGAACUCGUUCACUUUGACUUUGUACUGGUUUUGGACACAGAGGGUUUACGAUCACUCCAACACUCUCACAAGACUGUCAGACAUGACAAUGAGUUGGCCACUUUCGUUAUUGGUAUAGGUGACUUAACAGUUGUCAAUAUCAUGGGAGAGAAUCUGUCUGAUAUUCAAGACAUUCUUCAGAUUUGCUUUCAAGCUUUUGUGAGAAUGAAAUCAGUGAAAAUCAAGCCAAGGUGCAUUUUUGUCCACCAGAAUGUAUCUGAGUCAAAUGCUAAAGACAAAAACCAAGAGGGAAGGCGGCAGCUUAUAGAGAAAUUAGAUGAGAUUUCCAAAUUGGCUGCUGAGGAGGAGAAUCUGAAAGUUGAUGGCUUCAGUGACAUAAUACAAUUUGAUGUAGACACACAGGUGUUUUAUUUUAAGAAUCUGUUUGAAGGGGAUCCACCAAUGGCUCCUCCUAACCCUUCAUAUAGUCGGAAUAUUCAGGAGCUUAAGACCAAAAUCCUCUCAAUUUCUGAAUGGCAGCCAGGUUGCAAGUUCCCCACCCUUUCAGAGUUACAAAUGAGGAUCUCUGAUCUUUGGAAUGCACUGCUGAAAGAAGACUUUCUGUUCCACUUCCGCAAUACUCUGGACAUAGCUGUGUAUAACAAACUUGAGUAUCAGUGUGGAAAAUGGUCAUGGGAAUUAAGAAAACAUGCUCUGGAGACUCAAAACAAUUUGCAUCACAAAAUCAUGGGUGGUGAGUUAAAAAGCAUUGAUGCAAGGAAAAUAAAUGACAACUUAGACGAGAUCUACCACCAACUAAAACUUGAUGUAGAGAAUUACUUCAAAGAAAAUAAGCAUGCAGAUAUCUUGGUUCAGUGGAGAGCUAGCAUUGACCAAAGACUUUACAACCUGAAAAAUGAACUUUUUGAGGAAACAAAAGUGAAAGCAAAAGAGUUACUGGUGACAAAAGAAAUGUGUAAAGAGAUAGACCAAAGGAAAGCUGAGUAUGAAGCUGAACUUUUUAACAAAAGCAAGGCCCUUGCAUCUGAACUCAGAGGAAAUACACUCAAUGAUGAAGAACUAAGGAAUCAGUUCAGCAAGCUUUGGACGGCAUUGGUAACCAAAGUGUCAGCAGAGAAACCUACAACCUCAGAGAAUCCUAGCAUCCAAAGUCUUGUGGAACACAUUCUGACGGAACGCUUCAUGAAGAACACUCACUUAAUUCGAGAAGACAAGGGAGUCUUCAGGUUUGAUGUGGACAAACAUGUUAAGUUGUCAUAUAAACAGUCAAUUACAACAUUAAGGGGAAUGUUCAACAUUAGUAACUUGACUGCUGAAGGAAACAGUCUGUCAAAAGAAAUAGAAGACCACAUAAGUGCAAUGAUUGCGGAGAGAGAAAGAGAAAAGUUGGAUGUGGGACAAGCUUUUAUUUAUGAGCUUUUGAAUGAAAUUGAAGAUGUCAUUGGUAAACACCAAGCAUCAAGUGAAAUAAAGCUGACAGAAUUAUUCAAGGAUCACAUUUCUAUUCACGUGUGCACUAAGGUAGUUCCCAAACUCACAGAAAUGGAGGCUAGUUUCAAGAAAUUCAAUGAUCCUCUGACAUAUCUCAACAGUCUUAAGGAAGAUUAUUUUGAGAUUUUCAGACACUUUUGUAAAGGUGCAACAUUAAUCAGUUUUCUUGUUGAUGUUCUUGGUAUCCACAUCAAAUCAACUCUUUUUGAGGCCGUUUUUGACAAAGCCACGAUUCAGAUAGUUGAGAAGUUAAAGUCCAGCCACCCAGUUUUCAGCGGAACAUGCUUGGAAAACCAUAUCCUGAAACAUCUUGCCAAUAAAGAGGAUUUCAGCUUGUACGUGGAAUACAUCCAGGAGCCAAAAAAGUUUACCAGAACAUUUAUCACAGAACAAGUUGAAGGGUAUCUCAGUGAUGCAAGUAAGGUUUUGGAGCUGUUCAGAUCAACUUUUUCAUCUAUAAUAGACAAGGUGUUGAUUGAAAACAGUAAGAUAACAGCGAGAAUCGAGGAGAUGGGAGCUGAUACUUCCACAUGGAUAGAGGAAUUCUCUUCAGAACUCAGAAAUUUUAUGUCUGUCUCAACUUUUGACUUCAGUAACAUUGAGAAUAUUCGGCUUCUUAAAAAAGAUGUGAAAUUUCUGAAAGAGUCAGUUGCUAAUAUGCUUGAAAAGAUACGCAAUGAUGGAAAGGAAGACUUAGAGAGGCUGCUGACCUCUGGUCCCCCUCUAUUUAGGUUCAGAAACAGACCGGAUGACAUUUUGUUCAAAGAGAUGUCUGGAUGCUGGGAGCAAUGUCCUUUUUGCGGUGCAGUGUGUACCAAUUCCAUCCCUGAUCAUGACACUGAUCACUCUGUUACAUGGCACCGAUGUGAGGGAAUAGGUGGAUUGUUCUACGAAAAAACAAAGUGGUUCGGGGCAAACGAAAAACAGUUAUCUCUUGAUUUCUGUACAACAUCAGUCAGCAGCACAAAGUUGUUCUAUGUUCGAGAGUCAAAGAAAUGGAUUUCCUUCAGUGACUACAGGAAGGCAGGUCAACCAUACAACAGAUGGGACAUUUCUACAGAUGGAGAGCAGCAGUACUACUGGAAGUGGUUCAUAUGUACCUUCAGGUCAAAGUUGGAGGAAUCAUAUCAUUUUAAAUUUGAAGGCGAAGGACAGAUCCCUGACCCGUGGAGGAAGAUUACAAAGAAACAAGUUCUGGAAGAAUUGGGUUUCAAAACCUAA